AUGAAUUGGCUGCAUGAAGAGGGUUCUGAAAGGCUUUGUAAAUUUAGAUUUUUAUAUGUUGUACUCAUGGGUACAUACUAUUCUAACCGUCAUUUGGUCGCAAAUGUGAAGACCCAAUUCUUGUCAUUAGAUAUUGCUUACACUAUGAACCUUGUCUUCAAGAAUUUGACCACAAAUACAAAUAGUCAGAUAUAUGCACCCUUCAAAAUUAAAAUGGAAGACGACAGACGCUUUCGAAAUUCGUCUGUUCCUCAUGUCAGAGAAGAUGGAUGGGCAACGACCGAACUAUAUCAAUUUAUAAACAAAAAAAAGGAAAAUAGUUUUAGGAUUGAUUUCCUUCUUGAGGGUCAUAGGGAGGACAGCGUACGCAUGUAUGCUAUUGAAGGCAUCGAAUUUCGACCUGUGUAG